AUGCUGGGACCUUCUGGUGAUCUAGGUCCUCCUGGACUGGAUGGCGAACAGGGCACUCCUGGCCAAUCGGGGUUGGAGGGGCAAACAGGAACAAAUGGGGAAAAGGGAGACCUAGGGCCUUGUGGGAAACUUGGUCCUCCAGGGCAGCCUGGAGCUCGAGGUCUACAAGGACUCAAAGGGUUACAAGGCUCUCCUGGACCUAUGGGAAUAGAGGGUGAUGUUGGACCUCUUGGCGUUGCUGGUGGUCCAGGUUCCAAAGGGGAGAAGGGUGAUGUGGGGCCUCUGGGGCCCACAGGGCAGGAGGGUCCAUGGGGGACCUUGGGGCAAAAUGGGGAGAAGGGACCAAAAGGAGAGAAGGGCCACAUCGGACUUAUGAGUCAGUCAGGAUUCAUGGGAGAAAUAGGACCUGCAGGCUUGUCAGGGCUACAGGGUAUUAUGGGCCCUAGGGGGCCUCCAGGGCCUGAUGGACCUCAGGGAGAGAAGGUAAUAUCUUGA